AUGGCGAGGAGAGAUUUUAUCGAUAUUCUGCUGGCAAUAAUUCUCCCACCUCUCGGCGUCUUCCUGAGGUUUGGUUGUAAGGAGGAGUUCUGGAUCUGCCUUGUGCUCACCCUCUUCGGCUAUCUCCCAGGAAUCAUCUACGCCGUCUAUGUCAUCACCAAGUGA